CGCGCAAUGGGGAAAGAGCCAUCUUGUCUGGAAAGCCGACGUGGCCGCCGGCUGACCGUUUGUUUAAUUUAUCACGAUGUACAGAUUCCAAUGGGCAAUUGUUGCAUUGCUCCUCCUGAAGAGCAGUCUCGGUGCCCCAGACGCUCCCACCACAACGAAUUCAUAUUUGAGCGAGACCGAUAGGGCUAGGCUGAGAGGAGUCGUCGAGCCAGGUUUCAAACUCACGGAUGUAGCAUCAGUGUAUCACGCUGUGCUUGGGUACAAGCUCCUCAACGAGGCGAUCCCAAGGCCCUCAGAUGUCUGCAACUAUCUCAUCAAAAGCUGCGGUAAUGACUUGGACACUAGUCCAGAGAAUAUUUAUCACAUCGUGUCGGCGUGGCAGGCCCUCGGGUCAUGUUCACCAUUACCUACUGCCACGUUAACUCAGGCGUUGACUGCAGUCAUAGAGGAUGAAGCUUCAACAAUUCCCGAUCUUUAUCACGCAAUUUCUGCGUACGUCAGUCUCUCUCAGAAAUUGUCAGAAGCAACCAUCACUAAACUAGUGAACAACCUGAAGACUACUCUGAAGAAAGACGAGAGUAUUUCCAACUUUGGCUACGUAUUCCACAUUGCUUCGAUGCUGGGAAAAGCUGGCAGUUUCGCACUAGGGAAAAUCGAAGAUGUUGUCGUUCAAGCUGACGAGGUAGAUGGAAAGUACUUGCAGUUCGAAGGGGGUCUUUCAGUCACAAGUCUCGUCGUGACUGGAAUAGCCGGGCUGUCAGCAUCCCAGAAGACGCCUCCCCCAGUGAGUGGCCCUCAGAUCGUGAAAAUCACUAAUUACCUGCUCUCGAGACGUUCCGUCCAGUCCCCCAAGGGUGUCGUGAAGCUCCUGGCAGCGUUGAGAAUUCUAGCUAAUAACGAAUUCAAUAAGCCUGUCUGCAUUACUCUGGCAGAGGGGGGCAAUAUAGUGUCAGAACAACAGCCACUCGUGAGGGUCAAGGUCUGUGACAUAAUGGGAAAUCCACUGGUGAUGGUCCCAACUGUUAUUGCCACCUCAGCUACUAGGCUCGGGGAUGAUGUUGUGGUCAUGAGCAAGGAGAAUUUCCAGCCCUCACCUGACGACAAAACUUUAUUCACAAUGGAUUCCGCGCGUUUCAAACCCCAGCGUGGCUUCUACAAAAUUCAAGUGUCAGCCGGAAAUGUCGGCAACACAGUGACUGUCAAGGUACUAUCAGAUGUGAAGGUCGAUUAUCUGGAAAUUGGAACGGGCGACGCCGACCAGACGACACAGCCCAAACUAGUUAAAAUUGCGCACCCCAACAAAUUGGGCCACAAGAUCGAGGCUGAUUCCCAACAAAAACUCGUAAUGAGAUUUUUGCUUCGUGAUACUGCCAAUGAGAAGCCAGUGCGUGUGCACCAGGCAUUCGUCCGGCUCUCAGCAGUGAAAUCAACAGGCGAUGAGAAGCAACUUCGCGAGGUGAUAUUUGUGGCAGAGCCAGACGCCACGAAUGUCUACAAAUUCGACAUGCCUGUUGGUACUGCGGCCCAGACAUUCGGACACCAAAGUGGUGACUACAAUAUUGAAUUGAUCGUUGGGGAUGCCAUCAUAGGGAAUCCCUUCCAGUGGAAUUUAGCUGUUGUGGGUCUCAAGUUUCCGGAACGCACAGGGACGGAGGCAGCAUUGGUCGAUAAAUCUCAGGGGCACAAGUAUCAGUCAAUUAGUUAUUCUCCCAAGCCAGAGAUCAAGCACAUGUUCCGAGAACCCGAGAAAAGACCUCCAGUGUUCGUGUCCAAUCUCUUCACUGGGCUUUGCCUGGUGCCUGUUCUCAUUCUGUUCGGCCUCUGGGCCAAACUCGGUGUCAACAUCUCCAAAUUUCCAUUCUCACUGAGUGCUGUUGUGUUUCAUCUCGGAUUAGGCAGUAUUUUCGUCCUGUUCGGCAUCUUCUGGCUGAAGCUGAACAUGUUCGUGACCCUUCGUUAUCUCCUGGGUCUGGGAGUCGUGACAUUCCUCGCUGGCAGCAAACUCCUCUCACAGAUCGCACACAGCCAGAAAGUGUCGCGCUAAUUAUUAUUCAUCCUUUCCAAAGGCUUCAUAAUACUAGUGGAGGUGUACAUAAAAAACCAGAUAGAUGAUACGUCAAUGGAAAUUACAUUGAAAAUCACUUCGUUCUCACAUUUUUUCUCAUAUUUUAAAUAUACACUCCAUGAUAUAAGUGAUGAAAUUAUGACUGUCCCAUUUGUACAGAAUUUGAAUAAAAAACAAAUGAUUACAAAUUU